AUGUUGUUCGCGCGCGUGGACGAGGAAGAACUUCUCGAAGAGAGCGAUUCGGAGGUCUCGGAGAUGGACCACGGAAGAGGAGGAAGAGUAAAAAGAAGAAGAAGAAGAAGAAGAAGCGAGUACUGGAAGCGCUCUUCUUCUUCUUCGUUGGAAAACGUUUUGCCAACAGAAGAAAAGGAGGGAGGGAGCGCAGGAGGAGGUUUCGUCGUCGUCGCGGAAAGAAGCGAACAGACGACGUCCGGGUUCGUCGCGAACGAGGAGAAGGCUGAAGUGACGAGCGCGAAAAAAAAGAAAAGCGACGAAGUGAGCGAUCCGGUGUAUCGCUUGCUUCGAUAUGCGCAACGAGAAGACGACGAACAGAUGAAACGGUUCGCGACGGUGCCGGAAGGAUUCGACAUCGCGCUCGUGAACGAGCGAGAAGUCAGCGCGGAUGCGCGAUUGAAACAGUUGAACAAAUUGUUUCAGCGAGAAGAUGAGAGAAUUGGCGACAUCUCAAAAGAUGUGAAAGAGUGUUUUGGUUUGGUUUUGGAGGACGCGAGAACGAGAGAGGCGGUCGGGUACGCGUUAUUCCACGACCGAAAAGUGCACGAGUGGGAAGCGACGAAAAAAUUAACGGUUUCGCCGCCGAGAUUGUCGCACGUUUUCGUGAAACAAGAAUACAGAAGGAGAGGAUUCGGGACCGCGUUGGUGAGUCGAUGGAUUAAAGAGUUCGCGAUUGACGCGAAAGCGUUCGCGGUGGACAUGCCGAACGGAAAAAUGUUGAAACUUUUGAAGCACGCCAGAUGCGAGGUCGCGGUGGAAAAAUCUGGUUUCGAAGCCGGAACGAUACACUUUUUGAAUUUACCGAUUUAA